AUGACUGGGCGUACACACGUAACGUGUGAGUCUGCGAGGCUCGGGGGGCGAUUGCCCUCACUCCGAAGACGGGCAUUGGCGUCUACCAGUAUUGCGCUCUAAUAUGAGUCCAGGUUUGAAGCUAUGUGGAGAUUUUCAGAUGGAGCGAGCGGCUGGCAGCGCUCUGGCUAGCGGGGCGUGAACGCCGGCAGCGACGACGGUGCGCAAAGCUAUCUGGGCACCACCGGUGCAAUCAUGGACAUGUUUAUGCAUGGAGGCUCGCCAGAGCCUCAAGGUCGGGGCGGCUAUGAAGACGACCGCGCUGGCACAAACGAACUUGCAGCAAAUCGAUGCCAGGCCGAUGGCUGCAUGGCGGACCUCUCAGGACUGAAGCGCUACUUCCGCCGCUACCAUGUGUGCGAGAUGCACAUCCGGGCGCAGGUGGUGUUGAUCUCGGGGCGUCAGGUGCGCUUCUGCGACCAGUGCAGCACAUUCCACCCCCUGGCCUUCUUUGACGGAGUGCGCAGGACGUGUCGUGAGAAGCUGGAGCACAACCGACAAAAGCGGCGCGCGCGCAAGGCUGCGCACGGCGGCGGCGGUGGUGGCGGCGGAGGCGGCGCUGAGCGCACAACAGGCGGCGGCGGCGGCGGUCGGCCCGCUGGCUCCGGCCGCGGCGCACGCAGCGGCGGCGCCGGAAACGACGACGAUGACGAUGGUGGCGGCGAGUCUGAAGGAGAGCCGGGUGGCGGCGGCAGUGACGAUGGCGGCUCGGGGUCUGGGCGGGGGCAGGCGCGCAAGCGGCCGCCGAGCGUGUCGUCGUCGCAACAGCAGCAGGCGGCUGCGGCGGCGCAGCGGCGGCGCAUGGGCAGCGGCCCAAUGCCGGGCUCCGCGCAGGACCUAGCUCUGGCGGCGGCGGUGGCGGCGGCGGCGGCGGCGGGCAUGUCAGUUGCCAGCCCUGGUGCCGGCGCCGGCGCCGGACCUGGGCCCGGCGCGGGGGCGCUGGGCUUGGGUCCGGGCUAUAGCCGUAUGGGGUCGGAGGCACGGACCGGUGCGAUGCCGGGGCCGGCGCCGGGGCCGGGGCCGCGUGGUGUCUCGCCCGGGUUUGAGGGCGAGGAUGACGAGUACUACGCCGGCCGCACCGGCCACCCGCACACGUACACGCAUCAUCAACAUCCGCAUCCACAGCAGCUGCCGCAGCAGCAGCAAUCACGAGAGGGCUACAUGGGGGGCGCCAACGCGCGGGACUCCUUGUCGGGCGGGCCCGUGGUGGCGGGGCAGGGCGGGUCGGCUGGCGCACACCCGCACCCGCACCUGCCGGCACAGGGCGGGCCGCCGCCGCCGCCACCGAGGGCAGGGCUAUUCGGGGGCCCGCUCGGGUCAGCGGCGGGAGCCAACGGCGCAGCCGCUGCGGCGGGGCUGCUGCGCGGCGGCUCCGGCCCCGGUGCAGAGCACCUGCGGCCGCCGCUGAGGGAGGCUAGCGGCGUGCUGGGGGCGCCGUCGGGCGAUGGCCUUGGUGGUGGUGGUGGCGGUGGUGGUGGUGGUGGUGGUGGUGGUGGUGGCGGUGGUGUGCUGCCUGCGGGACUGAGUGAGGAGGAGGCGCUGCAGCGGCAGUUGGAGGAGCUGCGCAGUGCGAUCACGUGGCGUCAGCAGGAGCUGCAGCAGCACCAGCACCAGCGCUACCAACAUCAUCACCAACAGCAACAACAACAUCAACAACAACACCAGCAACAGCAACAGCAGCACCAACAGAUUGGCUUGAAGCAGGAGGGGCGGGAGCAGGAAGCCUGGGCGCGCGGGCCGGGGCCGGGGCCGGGAGGGGACGAGCCGCGCUGGCAGCAGCAGCAGCAGCAGCAGCAGCAGCAGGCGCGGCAUGGGUACCCGGCACCAGGCAUGGGGCAAGGGCCGGGGCUCGGCCUGGGGCGGCAGGGAGCGCCUGUGCCCGCAAUGCCGGCAAUUGCAGGCGCCGCCAAUGGCGCCAACGGUGUCGGUGGCGUCAAUGGCGUUCGCGUGGCACGUGACGGCGCGUUUGCACCGCCGCCGCUAGACCCUGCGCGCCGGCGGCCGGGGGCACCCGGCGGCCCCCCUCCGCCGCCGCACCUGCCACAGCACCCGCACCACCACCAUCACCACCACCAAGAUGUGGAGAUGGCGCUGCAGGAGCAGCAGCUGCUGCAGGAGCUGCGCCGGCAGCAACAACAGCAGCAGCAGCAGCAGCAACAACAACAACAAGAACAACAACAACGGCAGCAGCAACAACAACAACGGCAGCAGCAACAGUUGCAGGAGCAGCACAACAUGCAGCACGGGCAUCAGCAGCAGCUGCGGCCGCCGCCGCCGGUUCCAGGGGCGACUGCGGGCUGGAGUUACGCCCACACGGGGACUCGCCCGCCAGUGGAGGUGAAGAUGGAGGUGGAGGCAGACGUUGGGGCAGGCGGCGGCGGCCUGGGCGGGACCGGCGGCUUGCGCAAGGAACUAACACUCGGCCCCGCCGGCUUCACCAGCGCCGGCGCUCCGCCUCCCUACCACCCCCAACACCCCUCGCCGCACGCUUCCUCGCCUCGUGGGCCCCUCGUGGGCCGCUCCUGGGACGGCCGCGGCCCACCGUCAGAUCCCUCGGCGCGACCGCCGCCGCCGCCGCCGCCGGGCGUGUCGCUGGCCGGCUUUCCCUCCGACGUACCAGCCCGGCUGCAGCUGCCGGGCUCGGCCCGCGGCCCGGCGCCCGGCGCCGCCGCCGGGAGGCCCACCGGAGAUGGCAUGGCGGCGGCGGCGGCGGCCGUGCGACAGCACCAGCAGCACCAGUACCAGCUGCACCAACAGCAGCAAGAGCACCAACAGCAACAGCAGCACCAACAGCAACAGCACCAGCAGCAUCACCAGCACCAACAGCAGUUGCUCCUGGCGGAGGCGGAGGCGGAGCUGCAGCGGCAGCGGCAGCUGCAGGCGAUGGCGGCGGCGGGCGGCCCCAUGGCGGCGGCGAUGCGACUGCGCGCCGGCGCCGGCCUCGGCGGCGCGUGGCAGCAGCACCAGCACCAGCACCCGCAGCACCAGCACCAGCAGCAACAGCCGCAGCAACAGCCGCAGCCGCAAUCGAGCCGGCGGUCAGAGGACUGGACGCCGCUCACGGACGUGCCCACGCUUGGCGCGGCUCUGCCUGAGGGUCUCAGCCUGGAACUCAGCUUCGGCGGCGCCGCCGGCGCCGCAGGUGCCGCCGGUCUCACGCCUCUGGGUGGCGGCGGCGGCGGCGCCGCCGCCACCGCCGGGCUGCUGCCUAGCGCCGGCAGCCUGAUCAGCCUGCCGUUGAGUGUGCUACAGGAGGACUCGUCGUUGUGGAGCGACGGCGACCUGGCGCGGCUGAUGGCGGCGGGCAGUGUCCUGCCGCCGCCGCCGGCCUCGGCGACGUCGUCGUUGUACACGGCUGACGACGACGGCCACCUGCGCGGCGAGGACGGCGAGGAGGUGGAGAUGGCGGUGGCGGCGGCGGUGGGGCCGGUGGGGCCGGUGGGGAUGGUGGGGAUGGGGAUGCCUGGCGGCGCCCUGGCGGCGGCGGCGGCGGCGGCGGUGGACGCCGAGGCGGCGGAGUUGGAAUUGGACAGCCUAGCGGCGGCGGGCGCGCAUUUGGGCCACCGGCCGUCGUUUGGCGGCGGCGGCGGCGGUGGCGGCGGCGGCUUGCAUCGGCUGAUGGCGCUGCGCGCCCUGCCCAGCGGCGGCAGCAGCGCGCAGUCGCUUGCGCACCUGGCCCUCCCGCACCAGGCCCCCUAUGCACACGGCCACGGUGGCGGCGGCGCCGCCGCCGCGUACGGCAGCGGCGGCGGAAGUGGCGGCGGCGCAGCGCUGGCGGAGGCCUACUCCACCAGGAGCGAGGCCAGCGAGGCUCCGGAGAUCUGCCUCACGGAAUCUUUUAAGGCGGAGGUGCUGUCGCUGCAGCGGCUGGCGCAGGCGCAGCAGGGGCAUCCAGGGCCGCAUGGCUCGGAGUUCGGGCCGCAGCAUGGACCGCACGGCUUCCCCGGCCCGCAUGCUGGGGCCGCCGCGGCAGCAACGCCCAACCAGCUGCCGCCGUCGGUACGGCUACACCUGCCGCCCAGCAUUUUGGGGCGCGGCGGUACCAGCUACGGCGGCGGCAGCGGCCCUGGCGGGCCCGACGGCGGCGGCGCCGUAUACCACCAGCACCAGCACCAGCCGUACCAGCUGCAGUACCAGCACCAGCUCCAGCAGCAGCAGCGCGUGGCGCUGAUGCAGCACCACCAUCAGCAACAACAGUACCAGCAGCAGCACUUGCAAUACAGGCCGCCUCUGCAGCAGCAGCACCAGCAGCAGCAGCAGCUGCACCAGCAGCCGGCCGCGGCGCCGCCGCUGUUCGGCGAGGGGCGGGUGUCCGCCUUCCACCUGCUGGGGCCGGGGGACCUGGACGAUGAAGAAGAGGACGGGCCCGCCCUCGGGCCCGGCUGGCAGCUGCACCCGCACCAGCACCCGCACCCGCAGCAGCCGUAUGGCGGCAUGGGGCGCCCCCAGCAGCAACCGCAGCAGCACCAGCAACCGCAGCACCAGCACCAGCAGCAGGCUGGCGGGCUGGACUCGCGCCCUUCCCACCUCGCCGGCGCCGGCUUCGGUGCCGGCACUGGUGCGCGUGCAGGUGGCGGCGGCGCCGCCGCAGUUGCCUCAGCCGGGGCUGGGGCUGGGGCUGGGGCUGGGGCGCCGCAGAUCCUGUUGCUGCCCGGCGGCCCGGCGGCGGGGAGUCAGCCGGGGCGACUGCUGGGCUCGGCGGCGGCGCUGGGCCUAGGCGGUGCGCGAGGCGGCGGCGGCGGCGGCGGUGGCGAGCACACGCUCGUGCAGCCUAGCCUGCGCCGCCUCAGCCAACAGGAGCAGGACGGCCGCGGGGCGCAGGGGGCGGCGUCGGCUGACAGCGAGCCGCCGCCGCCGGCGCAGCAGCAGCAGAUGCAGCAGCAGCAGCAGCAGCAGCAGACUGCCAACGGCCCGACUGGAAAAGUAGGAGGAGGGGGCCCGGGCGCUGGGUUGGCGCGGGCGCCGGCGGCGCCGCGGGAGGCGCCUCAGCAGGCGCAGCAGCCGCGCGCAAACGGGGAAGUGCGCCACCCCACAGGCGCGGCGCAGGCGUGGAGCGGCGGCGUCGCUUCUGGCGGCCCGGCGGCAGCGGCUGACGGCAACCUGGGCAGCGCGGCGGCGGUGGCGGCGGUGGCGGCGGCGGCGGCGGAAGCAGAGGCGGACGGCGAGGUGGGUGAGGAGGAGGAGGAGGUGGAUCCUUCUGAGCUGUUGCGUCAGGCCUACUCCGCCGGACUCACAGAGCUGCCUGGGAUGCUGGGGGAUGCGGAGGCGGAGGAGGAGGAGGAGCAGGAGGCGGCCGCGGCGGCGGGCGAUGAGGUGACGGAUCCGGGGACGGGGUCCGGGUCGGGCCAGGCAGGCCGCCGCCGCGGCGGUGGUGGUGGGGGCAGCGGCAGCGCUCAGGCGGCGGAUGCCACGCCGCCUCCUGAGGGCGAGGGCACGGAGAUCGUCGGCUCCGUCGGCAGCGGCCGUGCCGCCACUGGCUUACGCAGUGGCGGCGGCGCCGUCGGCGACGCGUCCUUCAUCCGGCCCGGCGGCGGCGGCGGCAUGUCUUUCCUGGCCAGUGCCGUUGGUGGUGGCGGCGGCGGCGGCGGAGGGCAACAGAUGACGACGACGGUUGACUUUUCGGGAUUGGAUGGAGGCGGCGGCGGCUCGUGGUGGCUCAGCAAGGGCAGUGGCGAGGGCGAGGGCGAGGAGAGGAGUGUGGUGUCGUCAGGCGCUAUGGCGGCGGUGGCGGCGGGGGCACGGCGGGAGGGGCUCAGUGGUGGCGGCGGCGUUGGCGGCGGCGUGGUCAUGGAUGCUGAGGAUGUGGACAUGGAUGACACAACGUCACUGGCCGCUGAGGCGGCGGCGGCGGCGGCGGCUGACCUGGCGGCGGCGGCGGCAGGUCCGGCUGUCGGCGCCGUUGGGGUUCGCUCGUGAACCGUUGUUGGGAGGAGUGCAUUCAAGUUGGUGAUGACGGUGGCUGACUGCAUGGCUGCAUGCCUGCAUGGCUGCACAAGGCGGCAUGCCUGCACGGCUGCUCAAGGCGCGCCGCUGGGGCAGGCAGAUGCAUAUGUGGGCGGGCGCAGCGGUGGCGACAGCGCGGACGCAGCUGUGCCCGACACAAUGCGGCGGCGGCGGCGUCUGCUCCGAUACUGCCACCGUCUGCACCCCGUUGGCAUCCCGUCGGAUCAGCAUACAGGCAUAGGGCCAGGGAUGGCGUGUCAACUGCGUGAACUGCUUUCCCUGGCGUUUCCCACCCGGGUUCCCACACACUUCACUUGCUACCACGCUGCUGCGACGACUUGGCGUGGGCGCAAACAGGUGUGGCAAGGACGUACAGUACCGGGGUGAUGUGUUGCUGCACCUAAGGCGCUGAGUUGUUCAUAAGGAAUUUUGGCGUGUCACUCGUGCUUCAUGGGCUUGAUGAACGUGAUGCCUGGAAAUUGCGAAGUUGCGGCCACCAAGGGCCGGCACGACUGCACGAGCACAGGAAGCGGUGAAUUGUAUUGCGGAGGGGGUUGUUGCCAUGCCUCGUAUGUUGGGAGCUGCCGCGGGAAGCCAUACCUCUUCCAGUGCGCAUCGGGAAAACCGGGAGGCACAACAAAAAACUACUACACGGUACCGGGGCUUGUCCCGGCGCAAGCGAGGGAGAAAGUAUACGGCAUGCAAAUUUAUUGAUGAUCGAACGCCCAUGCAGGACAAGAACGAUGACUUGUCUGCGGCGGGGUUGCCAUUGUGUUCUUGUAAUUGUUGUUGGCUGGGGCGUGCUGUGCGGGUCGUUGCAAGCUGUGUAAUUUGCAUGUCCUGCUCGCUAGGACUCUGUGGGCUCAAGCGGGAGACGGUGGCGGCGCGGGGCUUGGCGGUAGCUGCGCAUGCGCCAGGCGUGUUGGGCGGUUGUGGGCACGGCCGCAUACAAGGGGCGCGAAUGGAGCUGCUGUUCACGAGGCGGCGCCGGCCGGCACCUGCACUUGAGCCGGCCGCUGUUCCUGCACCCCAGCCGGCCGCGGGCUAUAGCAGAGCUGGGGUGGGGGCAUGGCCGUGGGGCCAAUUGGCAGGACGCAGCAGAGGCAGAGGCGUGGGGGUACCUUGUUUGCUGCUGUGGCUCCUCUGCGCUGUUGGCUGCGGUCGGGCAUGUCGUAAGCAUUUGGGGGCGGGCGGCGCUUGUGGUGCCAAUUCAUCAGGCUUUGCCGCGGGCACGUGCGGCGCAGCUGGCGGACCCGCGGGCUGAGACUUUGGAGGUCGUGUGGGCGUGUGCGUGCAGCCCAUUUCUUGCGUGCUUGCGCGGAAAGCGUUACUGCAUUUGUUCUUAAUGAUGACUGUGGUGUUGGUGUUGCUGGGGUCCGGGAGUGGCGGCACGGCGGAGAGCCUGUUUGCGCUGCACCUGCGACCCAUGCCAUUACCGCGGACUCUUGGGCGCCCUACAUUGUGGGCUUGGUGUUGGUGCCGGUUGAGGGGAUGGCCCGCAAUGCAACAAGGCUUGAGGAGUCGGCGAUGUUUAAUUAAGUUCUUUCAUGCGACCGGGUGGUGUGUUGGCAAGUUGUCACAUACACUGUAUCGCUUGGAACGAUUUGGGGCUUCUGUGUGUGUAUGUCUUUAUGUGGUCUGUUAAAGCUGUGGUCUGUUAAAGCUGGAGCGGCGAGGGGCGAGGGCGCGAAUGUGAUGAGGGUUGAGGGCUGCAAAUUGCGGAGGGAAGAUGCGCACUUGUCCGAGAUGCGUCCCAGGGUACCAAGGCACUGGCAGUGUGCGCAUUGGGUGUUGACACAUGCUGGGGGCCGCGCUGCGGGGGGUGGGGCGUGUGGGGGUUACCGAAAUGCGGGCGCAGCAGGGGUGAAACGAGGACACCCCUGGCUGGAGCAGAGCUGAGAAACGUCGGGGGCCGGCAGCAACAACGUGAAUGAUGAUUGUCCCAACACACGGCAUGCAAUGCUAGAUGUAUGGUAAAUUUGGGACCCAUCGCAAAGAUGUGCGAUAUAAUGCAACUGGUGGCAACGAUUCUAGGGGCGUCACAGCGGCCGCACUUGGGAAUUACACGGGCAACGCUAACAGCAUGCCGCAGGCGAUGCGGCGGGGCAGAUCCGCAGAUGCGGUCGGGUGGGUAGUGGGCAACCCGCUUUGGAGUGGUGUGUGUGUGUGUGUGUGUGUGUGUGUGUGUGUGUGUGUGUGUGUGUGUGUGUGUGUGUGUGUGUGUGUGUGUGUGUGUGUGUGUGUGUGUGUGUGUGUGUGUGUGUGUGUGUGUGUGUGUGUGUGCAUUUGUAUACAACUGUAAAUGCCGGGCAAU